AUGUCCCACGCCGGCCAUGAUCUCCCUACAGACCCAUACAUGGCCAAAGUGUAUUGGAUGUUUGUCGGCGGAGCCAUAGCAUUCGCUUCAGCCAUCCACGUCGCCGACAGACUGCUAUGCCAUCAAAGGCUUUCCGCCGUCUCAAAAGCCCUCCUAGACCCAGCUCGUCCUAAGAACCCAUUACUGCGUUGGUAUGCUACGGCCACUGCAAUAACCCGGGAAGCAACAUACUACACCGCGCCAUUUAUACCUUCGCUGCAAAAGCGCUAUCCACGACUGGCGACACUCCCGUCGUUCGGAAAAAUACUGUUGAUUGCAGCCAAUCUUGCAUUGCUGCUUUCGUUAGCAUCCUUCCCCUAA